AAAUGGAGCAGCGCCGUACCGUCACUCAAGAAGAGGAUGCCUCCAGUAUGCAUAAUCCUCGUGGUGCUUUGGGCUGGCGCCGUGCUGGGCCAAUUCGAUGGGACGACGUCGUCUCCUGUUCUGCCACCAGUGGAGUUUGGAGAAUGCGCGUUUAUGGGAACAGACACGAGUGGUCUCAACUCGUUGUGUUGCCAACUGCACAACAAUGUUCCAUUGGACGUCCCAGCUUGUUUUGGAGACACCUGCUACGAAUCGAGCUUCGACCCGAUCCUGCAAAUUCGAAGCAUGUGCUGCCUCGACUCUGGAUGCUACACCACCAGGGAAAGCGCCAUCACACUUGCGCCUGAAACCUCCGAACCAACGACGCAACCUGUGACGGUUAGCCCUGUUAGCACAGAAGUUCCAACGCCGGUGGAUCCUUCAACUGAAGUGCCUGUCACCGCAUUACCCACAACACUUGCGCCAAAUGAACCACCACUCACCGAACCUCCAACUACGGAGCCACAAACGACCUCCAUUCCACCUACAGAGCCACCUCUACCUCCACCCACGGAGACCCCAGUAACGAACGCUCCUAUUACGCCAGCACCGCAAACUGAGCCACCGGUUUCACAAGCUCCCCCGACAGAACCUCCGACAACUUACCCUCCACCCACGAGCCCACUAACCACUGCACCACUAACGUCUCCAGCCCAUUCAACUGAACCAUCUAUCACAGACAGUCCAAUAACACAAGCACCCCCAACAGAACCUCCAGUAACGAACCCUCCAGCUACACAGACUCCGCAAACGGAACCGACCAGUGCACCAACAGAACCUCCUGUGACCAGCCCAUCGGCUACUCCAUCGCCACCCACAGAUCCUCCUGCGACGGCUACACCUACCCAGCCGCCACCAACAUCCUCGCCCACCCAACCUCCUGUGACGGCUUCACCGACUGAGCCACCAGCUACGCAAUCCCCAUCCACAGAAUAUCCUACGACGUCUACACCCACGGAGCCGCCGGCUACGUCAUUGCCACGAACAGAACCUCCUACGGCGGCUACGCCAUUGCCACCGACAGAACCUCCUAUGACUGCUACACCGACCGAGCCACCGACUACGCAAUCCCCAUCCACAGAAUAUCCAACGACGGCUACACCGCCGGCUCCGCCAUUGCCACUGACAGAACCUCCUAUGACUGCUACACCGGCUACACCAUCCCCACCCACAGAAUUUCCUACGACGGCUACACCAACUGAAUCGCCGGCUACGCCAUUGCCACCGACAGAACCUCCUACUCCGCAAACGGAACCGACCAGUGCACCAACAGAACCUCCUGUGACCAGCCCAUCGGCUACUCCAUCGCCACCCACAGAUCCUCCUGCGACGGCUACACCUACCCAGCCGCCACCAACAUCCUCGCCCACCCAACCUCCUGUGACGGCUUCACCGACUGAGCCACCAGCUACGCAAUCCCCAUCCACAGAAUAUCCUACGACGUCUACACCCACGGAGCCGCCGGCUACGUCAUUGCCACGAACAGAACCUCCUACGGCGGCUACGCCAUUGCCACCGACAGAACCUCCUAUGACUGCUACACCGACCGAGCCACCGACUACGCAAUCCCCAUCCACAGAAUAUCCAACGACGGCUACACCGCCGGCUCCGCCAUUGCCACCGACAGAACCUCCUAUGACUGCUACACCGGCUACACCAUCCCCACCCACAGAAUUUCCUACGACGGCUACACCAACUGAAUCGCCGGCUACGCCAUUGCCACCGACAGAACCUCCUGUGACGGCUACACCGACCGAGCCACUGACUACGAAAUCGCCAACCAUAGAACCCCCUAUGACGGCUACACCGACUGAGCCACCAGCGACAGCAUUGCCACCAACAGAACCUCCUGCGACCGACGCACCGGCUACACCAUUCCCACCCACAGAACCUACUGAAGCUCCAAUUUCUCAACCACCUCAAUCUCAAGUACCACCUCAGACUGAAGCUCCACCAACUUCUACACCAACACUGUCAACAGAGGUUCCGCCUUCGGAAGGACCAAUUACUCCUCCAACCGCAGCUCCGGAUGUACCGAGCUCGCAAGUCCCUUCACCGUUCACUCAAGCACCGUCAACUGAAGUACCAUUACCCGAAGCCCCCACUUCCCCGGCUCCAUCCACCGACGCUCCCACAACUAAGUUACCAGCAACUCAAGCACCCCUAACCGACGUACCCAUCACGCUAUCACCACCCACACAGCAGGUCACACUAGCCCCAGUGUCGGAAGCACCAAUAACCCAAGCUCCACCCACCCAAGCCCCGACAACUGGCCCAUCAUCACCUCCAAAACCAACUGCUGGACCAGUCACUUCAAUUACACCAACGGAACUACCUGCUACGCAACCUCCCAUCACAACGUCGACGUCCGUAACCAAUGGUCCAGCUACAUCUACGUUGCCCCCACCUUCUCCGUCGUCCUCCAUCUCCUCUCCGCCGCCAGUCUCAACUGCAUCUACGAGUAACUCUCCAAUGACGAGCCAGUCGCCUCUCGUUCCCACGACUGCUAGCGUUACGCCGCUGACAAGUAUCCCGCCUACUACAAUGACAUCCCCCUCGACUCAGUCCUUAUCGAGCCCAACCCCUACCAGUGCUGCCACGACCGAUGUACUAGCCACCAUCCCACCCAUCUCAACGUCCAGUCCAUUGCUAAAUAGUACACCCAGAUCAACGGUAGAAUCCGCAUCAUCUAUCAUUCCUCAACCUUGGUCGACUCCACCGUCACAAGCAAGCUCCAACUCCCCAUUUCCGUCGUCCACGCUUUUAUCAGCUACAAUCUUGACCACGUCAACUCCACUUACGUCCAAUCCGUCGCCGACAUCAGCUACGUCCAAUCCACCCACAACCUCACGGGUUGAAUCGACGUCGAUUCCCCAGGUCGACAUCAUCAUGUCCAACGUUUCCGUUUCGUCGCCCGACGACUUGGCACCAAAUGCAACGUCCGCGGCGGUCGUCCUUGAGGACGGUGGCCCGGCUAGCCAUAUUCUCUCUCAGCUUCAAUACCUGGCGUCCCAGUCGACUUCGUUUGUGGUGGGGACGGCGGUGGCCACGAGCCUCCUCACCGUCCUCACGGCAGCCACGUCCACCUCUGCCGCCGUCACCUCCACUUCGUCCUUCGUUGGCGCCGCCAGCACUGCAGUGGUGGCCGCCGCCGCCACGUCGUCGUCGUCGGUGCUGUCGAUGCCCCCGCCCGAUUUGUUUUCGAUGGGGCUACUGUUCGACUACCUCCAGUUUCUGGCAUCCACGGGCCACAUGGAGAUGCCUGGCGCACCGCCCUUUUACCACGAAUUUACCGAUUCGUUGGCGUGGACGACGUUCAACCUUCCGCCUCCGUCUCGAUCGGCCAUCCCCCAUCGAGGCAUCCACCUCGAAGACGGAGACAUCGUCGCAGGCGUCCUCGCGUACGCCGAACGUCUGCACAUUGCACCCGAUACGCUGUUCCUGACGACCGCCACGGGCCUCGCGUGCGUUGUCGUGGGAGUUGUCGUGCUGGUCAGUGUCGCAUAUGGGCUAGUCAGUGCCUGUGCGGCUCAAAAAUUCGACCUGGUCAAGCGCCAGUUGGCAGCGGAACUACCCACGUCACAUCUCUUCCUUCGAUGUGUGGUGCAAAGUGCCUUGGGGGUAGCGCUGCUGUCCGAGUACGCGCUGAGCAUGACAUCGAGUUUUCAGCUUCGGUACGGCGGCAGUUCUGCAACAACUUCGUCUGCGACAGGGUCUCUCUACGGAGCAACAGCGUCGCUGUGUCUGGUGUGCGGUGGCUUGCUGGUGCUGGGAGUGUGCCUCUUGCGGGGAAAGUCUGAAGCUCAAACGAACGACCCGACGUUCAAGUUCACGUUUGGCGCGUACUACAAGUACUACACGUUUGAGAACCGGUACUUCUUUGUGGCGAAAAUGGGCGCAGAAAUCGCUAGCGGCGUCAUCGUCGGCCGCGUCGAAGACGUUCCGACGCAGCUGACGUUGCUCUUGACGUUGCAGUUUUCCAUGUUCCUGUACACGACACAUUGCAGUCCGUACGUGCUCGAGUUCCAAAGCAUUGCCGCGGCCACGGCGUUCGUCCUCAAGAUGGUGACGUAUGUGCUGCUGUCGUCGUUCGUGACGACGUCCGUGAGCCAAGACGUGCAGGAAGUGGCUGGAACGGUGUCCCUCGUGCUUCAGAUUGCCCUCUUGCUGCUCUUCAACUCCAGGCAGUUGCAUAUUUUGUACAAACAGAUCAAGUGUCUGGUGAUUCGACGACGACGACGGAAGCUGGUGGUCAAGACCAAAGCCGCGGAAGCAGCGAUGCUGGCCGCAGAGUUGGAGCGACACAGCAGCCUUGGGCUUAGUCAAUGGUCACUAGACGAAAGAUAUAGGCCUGCUGCCUAAGGAAAGGCGUGGAUCAUACAUAGCAUAAGAUCUCACCCGCCAUCAGGAGACGGCUUUCCAUGUAGUGUUGGUAGACAUAGUGCAUGUACGUCAAGAGGAUGAAGCCACUGUCAACCUUCCAUCUCAGAUGGCAUGCGAGAUGAUCAUGAGAUCCAUUUCUCCAAAUUGAUUGUACGAUAUUUCUCGAUUC